AGAAAAGCCGAAUUAAUUGCUUAUAGAAGACGUGAAGGAUUAAUUGAUGCACUGAUAAAAUCUGAAGUAUACAGAGAAAUAACUGAGCCGGCGACAAGAUUCAAGGAACUUAUAGCUAGAAGGUUACCUCAAGAUUUUGUAUUGGACGGAGAGCAGUUCGGGGACCCUAUCUACAAUAACGCUCUUGAAAUUCUUCGCCCUGUCCUUACCAGUUAUCCCGUUGACUACCGGUUUCGUGGGAAUAGCAUUUAUUAUGAUUCCAAAGCAAGACCAGUUGAGCAUAUGCGAGCUUUUUACGAACUGGCUUUAUCAUUU